AUGGGGGUAUCUGUUGCGUCGAAUGCAACCGUAUAUAACUGGAUUGCUGAGUUUAAACUUGGUCAUACCAGCACAUCGAAUGCACGACGCAGUGGUCGUACAAAUGAGGAGACUACACCAGAAAUGAGUGAAAAAAUCCAUAAUAUCGUGUUGGAUGACCCCAAAGUGAAAUUGCGUGAACUAGCUGCCGCUGUGGACAUCUCAUCUGAAUGUAUGUUCAAUAUCCUACACAAACAUUUGGGUAUGAGAAAGCUAACUGCAAGAUGGGUGCUGCGAUUGCUAACAAUUGAUAAAAAAUGUGAACGAGUCCGCACUUCUCAGUAUUGUUUGGACAUGUUUAGGCGCAAAUCAAAGAAAUUUUUGCGUCGAUACAUAACCGUUGAUGAAACAUGGAUCUACCAUUAUACAUCUGAAUCCAAACAACAGUCGGCACAAUGGGUUCCAAAAAGUGGAAAUGCUCCGAAACGACCAAAGACGCAACGAUCGGCUGGAAAGUUUCUGAUUACUGUGUUUUGGGAUGCACAUGGAAUAAUCCUUAUCGAUUAUCUUGAAAAAAGAAGAACUAUCACAGGAGAAUAUUAUGCAUCAUUGUUCGACCGAUUGAAUGAUGAAAUCGAGAAAAAGGGACUCAUUUAG